AUGUCCUCCGACAAUUGGUGGAUAUAUGUCAUCACGCCGUGUACGAUAAUAGUUGCGAUUGUCUAUUAUUUCUGCGUGUCGACCUUUAAGAAAUGGGAAAGUCUCAACGUGCCGUACAUCCAACCGAUCCCGUUGUUUGGAAACUUUUUGAAUGUAGCUUUGGGAAAGGAACAUCAUAUUGAUUUUUACAACAAAUUCUAUCACAAGUUCGCCGGUCACAAAUAUGUGGGAGUGUUCCAGAUGAGGUUACCUAUGUUAAUGAUACUCGAACCAGAAAUAAUCAACGACGUGCUGAUAAAAGACUUCUCGUCUUUCCCGAACCGUGGUUUUCACUCAGAUUUUAAGGCCAAUCCGCUGUCGAACAACCUGUUCUUCAUGGAAAAUCCCCAAUGGAAAACGAUAAGAAACAAAUUGACGCCCGCUUUCACGUCGGGAAAGCUCAAGGUAAUGUACGAUCAGAUCAAAGAGUGCGGCGAAGAAUUGAUGAAAAACAUCGAUAUCGAUUUAAAGAGAAACGGCGACGAAAUAGAAGUAAGGGACAUCAUGGGAAAGUAUUCGACCGACGUCAUCGGCACUUGCGCUUUUGGGCUCAAGUUGGAUGCCAUAAACGACGAUGAAUCCCCAUUUCGUAAACACGGCAAAUCCAUAUUCGCACCAUCGCUAAGGCAGCUUUUCAGAGAGUUGUGCGUGUUGAUUAGUCCUGCACUCGUUAAAGUCGUAAGAGUGAAAGAUUUUCCGAAGGACGCGACUGACUUUUUCCACGCGGCGUUUAAAGAAACGAUGACGUAUAGACGUGAAAAUAAAAUAGUCAGAAAUGACUUAGUUCAUUGUUUAAUGCAAGCCAGAAAUGAUUUAGUUUUGAAUGCAGAUUUACCUAAAGAUGAAAAAUUUACUGAAUCACAAAUCGUAGCAAAUGCUUUUAUAAUGUUUGCUGCCGGUUUUGAAACUGUUUCCUCGGCUAUAAGUUAUUGUUUGUACGAAUUGGCAUUAAAUAAAUCUAUUCAAGACAAAGUACGCGAAGAGAUUCAACUAAAACUGUCAAAAAAUGACGGACAAAUUAAUCAUGAAUUUUUGAUGGAACUUCAUUACUUGGAUAUGGUUUUUGCAGAAACGCUCCGCAAGUACCCUCCGCUGGUUUUUUUGUUGAGAAAAGCAACACAAACAUAUAGAUUACCCAACGAUUCAUUAACAAUUGAAAAGGACCAAAAAAUAAUAAUUCCAGUUUAUGCGAUUCAUCACGAUAGUAAAUAUUACCCGGAGCCUGAAAAGUUUAUUCCUGAAAGAUUUUCCACUGAAGAAAAAGCUAAACGGCCAAAUGGUACUUAUCUACCAUUUGGUGAUGGACCUCGAAUUUGUAUAGGAAAACGUUUUGCAGAGGUAGAAAUGAAAUUGGCUUUGGUUGAAAUUCUAACCAAAUUUGAAGUAUUUCCAUGCAAAAAAACAGAAGUUCCUCUAGAAUAUUCUCAAAAAACCAUCACAUUGAUGCCAAAGCACGGGAUUUUUCUAACAUUUAAAAGAAUUAGUUAA